AUGAAUGCCAGUGCGGCCCUGAGAGCCCCUGCUAGUUCGAAGACUCGUAUGGAGCAGCCGAUUGAUGGUGUUGCGCUUGAGGAGUCUGUGGAGGGAAGGCGUGAUUCAGGUCAUCCGACAGUGCAGCCGGACACUGCAGGGGAGCGUACAGCACCAGAGGCGGCCGAGGAAGGAGUUCCAGCAGUCGUUCCGCGGCGACAGCCAAGG